CUCUCGCAGAGGACAGUCUGCGCCAGUUUGUUUACAUUGUUUGCGGUGUGAGUGCGGAUACAGAAGAAAACAGGAAAAGAACAUAUUUUUUUUUUUACAUUUGAGAAAAAGUUAAAACUGUUCUUCAAAAUCGAAGAACGGAAAAUUUCGGAUAAUUCCGUCGUUCAGAAAGUAGUGAAAUUGAUAACGCUAUUGUCGUUUCAAAGUGACGUCGUACGAGCCAAGGAGUUGGAGUGCUUGUUGGAUGCGGUUCAUUGUUCUCCUUCCCCUAAAAUAAAUUGGGUGGAAAUUGAAGAGGAGUGUUUAUGAAUUCGAUGAGCGUUGUUUAUCAGAAUAAUUUGUGCUGAUCAAAGGUGCAAAAGUAAAGAGUGUAGUUUGUUUUUUUUUUGUGCCAAUUGCAAAUACACACAUACCCACACGCACACUACUUUUGCGAAACGAAGAAAAGAAUAUGUAAAUUUAAUCAAUUUGCACAGUGCCACCACACAACAAGUGCAUACGAAAGUGUAUGAAAGAGUUCGUUUUUAUUGAUCGAAAGUAAGCCGGAGUCCACCACGGUGUGUACCUCUAUUUUUUUUUUGUUUGUGCUGCGGCUGCUGCUGCUACUGCUGUUGUUUGGCUGUUUGUUCCCGUCCUGCGGAUUGCUGCUACACAGCUGAGCUGCUCUCCCUGCUACGAACCAGAAAUCAAAUCCACCAAGGGUUCCUAAUCCAACGACUGUGGUAGUACGGUUAUUGUGCUAAUCAUUCCAACCUACGGACUACUGAGCGAGCACAUUCGAAGGUGAAGAGGAUCCGCAAAGCAACAACCAACGUCGAACGUAGAGUCGUAGGUACCGAGGGAUAGCCUGGCCUAAUGGAAGCAUGGACAACGAGCAGCCACACCAGGAGUUGGUAAAAUGUGUCCUCGUAGGCGAUACCGCCGUUGGCAAAACACGUCUGAUCUGUGCACGGGCCUGCAACAAACAUGUUUCACUUUCGCAGCUACUUAACACGCAUGUGCCAACCGUGUGGGCCAUUGACCAAUAUAGGAUAUACAAGGAUGUGCUGGAGCGUUCGUGGGAAAUCGUAGACAGCGUCAACGUCUCGCUGCGACUCUGGGAUACCUUCGGUGAUCACGAUAAGGAUCGGCGCUUCGCGUACGGAAGAUCCGACGUGGUGCUGCUAUGCUUCUCGAUAGCGAAUCCGGUAUCGCUGCGCAACUGCCGCGCCAUGUGGUACCCGGAGAUACGUAAAUUCUGUCCAGAUACUCCUGUGAUUCUAGUCGGUUGCAAGAACGACCUCCGGUACAUGUACCGGGAUGAGACCUAUCUGUCCUACUUUGGCGACCGGAGUCCAUUUGUACGGGCGGCCCGCAAAAGCGACCUGGUGAUGCCGGACGAGGCGCGUGCCGUGGCCAAAGAGCUUGGCGUCGCUUACUACGAGACGAGUGUGUUUACGUACUUUGGCGUAAACGAGGUGUUCGAGAAUGCAAUCCGUGCCGCCCUGAUAGCCCGUCGAGAGCAUCGCUUUUGGAUGACCAACCUGAAGCGGGUGCAGCGGCCGAUAUUACAAGCCCCAUUCCGACCGCCCAAACCUCCGCCACCGGAAGUGACGGUCAUUACCGGCACUCAUACUAAAGAUAUGCUAAACAUGUUCAAUUCGCAGUGCUAUACAGAUUUAGUAUUAAUUGUCGGUACUAUACGUUUUUCCGUACAUAGAUUUAUGUUAGCUAGUAGUUCUAAUGCAUUUCAUAGGUUACUGAUGAUGGACAUCUCUGAUAUGGGUGCCCGAAGUAGCAGCGAGUCCAGUAUGGUUAGUUCAACGUUCGGCGAGUCGACGACUGCCGACUUCAACGAGGACACCGAAUGUCUGAUUCGGGCCGAACAGAACAAAGCUCCCAAUAGAAUGUGGGAACAACUAAAGCGGCGCUCUAGUUACCAGGCCCUGCCUACGGUGGAGCCAAAGAAGGAUCUCUAUCGCGAGUUGCACCAUCCAGUGUUUCAGAGUAUUAGGAUUUUCCAGAUCGAAAAUGGAAAACACACCUACACCCAAACGCAAACAAUAGUCUCAGUGAGUAAGCUUAUCACGCCGCAAGCCAUGCAGCAAUGCUUGAAGUUCAUCUAUACCGGAGCAAUCGAUCGGGAGUGUCUCGAUUUGCAAACGGCUACAAUAGGAUUAAUACUGGAAAUACGCCAAGCUUCUGAAUUUUUAGAACUUCCUCAAUUGAUGGUACUUUUGUCCAAUACGCAAGCAAACCAGAGCUUCAUGAACGAUGAAACCAUUCAGCAUUAUUCGACGUGCAUGAAACAAAAUCUAGAGAAAUAUUGUGUUCAGGAUGGCAUCUUUGGUGAUAUCACGUUCGAGUUGGACGACGGCCACAUGAAGGCCCAUCGAGCCAUGUUGGUAGCCCGGUGUGACGUAAUGAAGGCCAUGCUCAACGGGGACUUCCGCGAGGCACAUGCUAAUUUGAUUGUACUUCCAGGUGUAACUGAAUACACAUUCCACAAGCUGCUGUGCUAUCUCUACACGGACGAAAUUCCGCCCAUUUCGGCUGACAAAUGUCUGAACCUGUUGGAACUGGCGAACCGUCUGUGUUUGCCACGGCUACUCAACCUGGUCGAAUGCCGGGUGAUCGAAGAUCUCACGAGAAUGUCGCAGAACGAAACCAGUGAAGCGGUCGAACACUGCUUGAGAUUGCUGGAGUCAGUUAAGCUGCACAAUGCGCACCAACUGGCCGAGUGGUGUAUGUCGUAUCUGUGCGUUAACUACAACAGCAUCUGCAAGGUUUCGCCCCGAAGUCUGAAGAGUUUACAUCCGGAUAAUCAGGACUACUUGCGGGAGCACCGGUGGCCUCCGGUGUGGUACCUGAAGGAUUACGACUACUAUCAACGUUGUAUGAACGAGCUCAACCGAGAGCUAAACAAUGGGAAGAAAGACUGCACAGCAGACGACAAGGGUUGUCUCUGCUUCUCCGGAGUGUUUUUCUGGCUAAUAGGGAAAUCAAAACGAUCGGCUGCGGCGGCUAAGUCGACACUGCAGACCGCCAUCACCGCCAGCUCGGAGCACCAAUCGGACAUGGUCAGUACCAGUCUGUUCCAGUCGAAUGCCAACUCGGUGAACCAGCUCGAUCCGGAACACGACGGAGCGGAUCUCUGACAUUUGGCCGACGGACCGUGGAGAUCGCUCCGCUUCAUCGUGAUUCUGCCAGUGUUGAUCUGCUUCAUCUGCACCAUCCUGAGCAUACUGAUAAUAUUCCAGAUCUACACCUAAUAUUUGCUGCAACGGUAGCCACCGCUGGAUGGCUAUUGACGACCGAACCGGAACAGGAAUAACUCUGUGUCGAAGCACACAAGUCCCGAAAAGUUACACCAACCGACGAUGAAUGUGUUGCGUUCAUCCAUCGAACCAAUUACCAACCAACUUUUCUUCUUUGAAUCGUUCUGGAGAGACGAUAGUAUUGAGGUCCGUCAAUAGCCCACCCAAGCGGUGGUUACUCGUUGGAUGCAGAAACACUGAACCAAUCCGAACCGAUCAGAGGACACGUCAGCUAACAAACCCAAUACCAGCCAGAAUACUACUGAUGAUAGCAGAUCUUCGAUUAGUUCGUAAGACACGUACGCUGAGAGGUGAAGCAUGUCACGUGUUUUUUGUUUGUUUGUGUGAGUGAAAGGUUAUUAAGCUUAAAGUUUCGAGUUAAGCAAGUGAAACUGUAUGUAAACGUAAGUAAGUAUGGGCGAAACGGACAAAGUGCGAUAUUUGUCUCCAGGGUCUCUACUUUUAACAAUGAUAAAGUAAUAAACAAAUGAAACAAAAUACAAACACACUCACAUUACACACACACACACAUGUCUAGAAUGGGAAGAAGAAAAGUGAAGCUGUAGGUUCUAGAUGUAAAAUUUGAAUGGGAGAAAAAUCGAACCAUGAAAACAAACACGCAAAAAAAAACUAUGUGAAAAGUAUUUUACUCUCAGAUUUUAGAAUGUUUCAUUAUUUUCUUCAAACUUUCUUACGAAAGAGGAUGAGAAAAGCCACGGGAGAACAAGGAUGGUGCUGGAAGUUUUCUAUACUUUCUUUGAAAUAUGAGAUUAUAUGCAACCAUUUUUGUUUUACUUUGAAUUGGGUUCGCAUCCGAUCCCCAUCAAUGUUAAGUCUGUAAGCAUUUAACCAAGAGCCGGCGUUUAAGUUUCGCUCUUUCUUUACUAGCUACCGUGGGUUUAUAGAACGAUAGCCGUUAAUCAUUAGUAAUUGAUAGUCUUUAUUUUCAUCGUUAAUUGCUACUUUAGGGAUUUUCUUUCUGUUUAUCCGAUAGCAUAUACAUCAAACUUAUAUUUACGUAAUAUUUAAACCGAAAGAAAAUAUAUUAUUUUCUUAUAUUUUAGCAACUGCUCGUUCCAUAUUUUAUAAGGCUUGAAUGCGAGAGGUUGAGAAUGAACGAAACAGAAAACAGAUCACACGAAGGGAGGAUUAUUUUUUUAUAUACUAAAAACUGCUUUGAAGAUUUGAUUUUUCUGUACAUUUCAAAUUGUAAAAGCGAAUUAAGCUAACUCUAAAAACAUUAAUCACUCUUUGCUGAUAGAUUUUGAGCAAAACAUAAAAAAAAAUCCGUUUUAUUUUAUUUACCCCAGGACAACAUUUCAAGUCUUUUGAUCAAUUCCAAAAUCAGUAAAAAAAAAACAAACAAAAUAUUUGAAAACAGAAACAUGAGGAAAUAUAAAGAAAACAAACUCAAGCCUAACAAGACCUUAAAAGAUAACGAAACUAUCACUGCGCUAUUUUCAAGAUUUAUUCUAGUGGUAAACUAAGAGUGUAGAAGAACUAUGUGAAGCAAAUAAGAAGAAAAUAAGGCAAACAAAAUACUAAGGUACAUGCAUACAAACAAAACAAAACAAAAACAACAACAACAACAACAACAGUAGAGAACAAAAACCGAAACUAGCUUAGCUACUCUUUUUACGCAAGAAAAUAAUAAUGAAAAAAGAACAAGUGGGGGCAUUUGGACACAUUGAGCAAGAAUUA